AUGUCAAGUGCCAUGGGGGAUAAAGCGACGGACAUCUUCACGGCGGUGUGCAAGGGGGACCUCGAUGCCGUCGAAAGUCUACUGAAUGAAGGGGCAGACAUCAACCAGCGAAACGAAGAAGGGACGCCUCUCCUCUUAGCCUCACGAAACGGGCACACGCAUAUGGUUCGUUUCCUUCUCCUCAAGGGAGCCAGCGUGGACGAGGCUGCUGGCGAUAGUUCCACACCCAUUCACGCAGCCGCAACGUUUGGGCACACCGACACCCUCCGAGUCUUGCUAGAUAGUGGCGCAGAUAUUCAGUCAACCGACAACGCUCAGAACACUGCUUUAUUCCUGGCCGCAGCGAAUAAUCACCUUGAUGCCGUGAGACUCCUCUUAGAGAGAGGCGCUGAGAAGGAGGCGAUGAAUCAAGUUAACGAAACUCCCCUCGUCAGAGCUGCAAUGGGUGGCCACCUUGAACUCGUCGAAAUUCUGGUUGAGCAUGGCUGUCUCCUUGAGCCAGACGAUACGGCAGAGCACACACCCAUCACAGGAGCAGCCUUCAAAGGACAUCUUGAGGUUGUCAAAUUCCUCCAUGAAAAGGGCGCUUGUCUAGAGCCAGAGGGAGAGAAGCGUCAAUCUGCUCUUCACUUUGCAGCCGGUCAAGGCCACUACGAGAUUGUGGAACUCCUAUGCUCUCAUCUUGAUCUUGCCAAAAGCACCUCAGCUUGCCGGUCUGAAGGGGACACACCACUCCAUUUAGCAGCCAGAAAUGGCCAUAUCGAAACAAUUGUGCUUCUACUAAAGGAGGGUAUAGACGCACAUCACCAGAAUCAUGCAGGUGAGACGGCUAUCUAUGCUGCUAUUGAUUCAGGAAGUCUCCGGGCGGUGGAACUACUGCUCAAGAAGUGCCCCGACGUUACCAUCAAGACGUCUAGAUGGGAGACGCCACUUCAAAGAGCCUGCUACAAAGGGCAUGAGAAGAUUUUCGCCCUACUUCAAUCCCACUAUCCAUACAUGAAAGACUGUUUAUCGAAGUGCCUAGAGGCGGCAGCUUCUCAGGGACACGCGGGAAUUGUCAAGGAGCUUCUGAACAUUGCAAAAAAGAUUGGUAUCAAUGAUGUAGACCUAAGCGAUGCUUUAUGGCAUGCAGUCUCAUCUAAAAACUUGGAGGUUGUUGAGAUCUUCCUCAAUGCUGGAGCGAAGAUCGAAUAUGACGCAUAUUACGGUCGAAGUGCGAUUAUCCGGGCUAUCGAACUGCAGAAUAUCGAAAUGGUCCAACUCCUAUUACGAAGAGGCGCUGAUGCUUGUUUUCUCGGCCAUAGACAGUGGUCAGUCCUCGUGCAUGCCAGCCUUGAAGAUUCUACUGAGAUCGUCAAGCUGCUUCUAGACAACGGUGCAGAUCCCAGAGUUACCACGAAUAGAGGAUGGACCCCCCUCAUGACGGCCUUGGAGAAUGGCAAGGUGGAAAUAGCCAAGGUGCUGUUGGAACAGGAUGACCCGGGUGUGGAUCUCCGAACGCGCGAGGGGUGGACGGCGCUGCAUCUUGCUGUCAAACACAAACAUACUGAUGUCGUUAAGAUUCUUCUUGAUAAAGGUGCGAACCUGGAGUUGGUCGUGAACAGUGGGACCACUCCUUUACAACUUGCCUGCGAAGCAAGCAACACUAAAAUUGCCAAACUUCUCAUCAAGAAGGGCGCCAAUCUGGAUACAGCAAAUUCAUUUGGCUGGACGGCGCUCAGCGAAGCUGCCCAUUCUGGAUGCAUCAAAGUGGUCAAGCUGUUGAUUGAGUCAGGGGCAGAUAUGGAGCAUGGGCCAAAAGGAUGGACACCUCUCAACUUGGCCGCGAAUAAAGGACAACUGGAUGUCGUGAACCUCCUUUUGGAGAAUGGGGCGAACAUAGAGAAUGGGAACGACAAAGGGUGGACACCACUUGCCACUUCUCUUUCCAAAGAGAGGACAGAGGUUUUCAAUCUGCUACUCUGGAACAAUGCCAACCCAAACGCGAGAUCGUUGGAAGGAGAGACACCACUAGGAAUAGCUGCGUCAACUGGGCGCCUCGAAAUUGUUGAACAGCUGUUAUCUCUUGAGAACAGUAAUGUUGAUCUUGAGGCACGGCUGGAGGAUGAUGAUAGCACGCCACUACUUCGAGCUGUGGGCUCCGGUCACUCAGAAGUUGCGAGAUUACUCAUGAAAAAGGGAGCGAACUUCACGGCCACGGACAAGUACGGCCAAACACCACUACAUAAAGCAGCAAGGGGUGGGUACUUGGACAUCGUCAAGGAUUUGCUUGCUGCCUUCCCCGGGGCUCUUCAUCUCACAACUACGACAAAUGGCUUCCUCCCAAUCCAUUCUGCUACAAGGGAGGGUCAUCUCGAGGUUCUACAAUACCUUUUGGCGCAGUACGAAAAGCCAGCUGCUCCAGGUGGGAGCACAAAUGCGCAGGGCCAGGGGAUGACAAACACCGAGCAUCAAGAAAGUAAGAAAUGCUUUUUCAAUCAACGUUCAGGUGUAAAUCUCCAAUCCAAAUAUGGGCAAACUCUACUUCAUGUUGCGACUGUUGAAGGCCAUUUAGACAUUGUCAAGUAUUUGCUUGAUAACAAAGCAAAGCAAAGCAUCGUAGCAGGGCGAUCGCCAUUGGCACUGGCUUCAUACCAUGGACGCCUUGAAAUAAUCGAGCUGCUCCUUGAGAAGCCUGGCUCCAAUCCGGUCUUGCUCGAUGCUGCAGGCCGCUCGCCAUUGUUUCUUGCCGCUGCCAGGGGACACUCUGAAGUUAUUCAAAGACUUCUUGCCAUGCCAUCCAUGAAAAAGUCUUUCCUUCUCAAGAAGGACAUAUACAAUUCGACCCCGAUCUCAGUAGCAUUGAGAAAUGGACAUGAGGAUGCCGUGGUUCAACUUUUGAGGUCUGUUCGACCAUCUCUAGAAUCGGAAGACUUUGGGGGCAAUACGCUUGGCCACUGGGUUCGAGCUCUGGCAAGCGAUCGCCUGAAAAACUUCUUCUUAGAUAACAAGUGGGACGACGGUUUGGGGGUGAAGAAUGAGGCUGAGAAUGAGGAUACCGGGAAAGAUGAUGAGGGCGAGAAAGAAGCCAAAGACAAGAAAGAUGUCAAAGACAAGAAACCACAAGGAGAAUGCGACGUGUGUCUGAAGUUAUUGAGGAAGUCUGACCAGCGUUAUGAGUGUGGUGUAUGCGACCGAGCGGUUUUCAUUGAGUGCGGAGACUGUUUUAAACUCGGACAUAAAUGCCCUACUAAAUCCCACAACUUGACAUACAGAGCGGAUGAAGUGGAAGGGGAUGAAGGCGAAGGGGAAUGGGUGGUCCUCGACGCAUAA